GUCAGAAUAUGUCGGGUCAUAGAAGCUCUUGUCAAGCUCAAACAAAACACUUUGCCGUCGAUGAUUCGGCAGAUGCGACCGAAAGCGCCGGUCAAGGGGUACAUACGAUUUACGACGGUUAGGGACGCGGCGGAGAUUACAUUCUGGCAAAUCGGAAGGCGCAGAUCCGAGGGGUUCAACGCGAAAAUGGUUCGAUUUUGUUGAUGCGUACAAUUUAAACAGUGCUGGUCUUGGGUGGUGGCCAUCCUAUCGCGACAAGUGCCAUUGUAAUCGACUUUUGCAUUUCGGGAGGCGUGUGAGAUCCAUUCCUUCUUUUCCUCUCUUGAGCGGCUCUUUUCUUUCAGAGGAGAUUCGUCUUUACUUUCACUUCAUACCCUUUUUUCUGUUCUGUCUUUCUUUCUGGGUGUUCAGAGUGGGAUACAGCGGCGGACAUCUCACUAUGUCUGUCAUGAACGCGAGCUAUGCCUCGCCCGUCGCAGAUGCGGCCUUUGCAAAGAUCAGUGCCAUUGCGCCUGAGGGUUUCUUACAGCGUCUGCUUGCAGGAGUAAAUGCAUGGACUGUUGUCUUUACUCUGCUCAUUGGCGCUGUUCUGUACGAUCAGGCAUCAUACCAAUACAACAAGGGCUCCAUCGUGGGUCCCAUGUUCAAGAUUCCCUUCAUUGGACCUUUCCUCGAAUCCGUCAACCCAAAGUUCCAAACGUACAACGCAAAAUGGCAGAGUGGCCCUCUGAGUUGCGUUUCCGUCUUCCACAAGUUUGUCGUUAUCGCAUCGACACGCGACAUGGCCCGCAAGGUCUUCAACUCUCCUACCUACGUCAAGCCAUGCGUCGUCGACAUUGCCUACAAACUCCUUCGCCCGACCAACUGGGUCUUCCUUGACGGCAAGGCUCACGUCGACUACCGCAAGGGUCUCAACGGUCUCUUCACCCGCCAGGCUCUCGAGCUUUACUUGCCCAACCAAGAGGAGGUCUACGAUACAUACUUUGCCCGUUUCCUCAAGGUCUCCAAGGAUGCUGGUAACAAGCCCGUCGCAUUCAUGCCCGAGUUCAGAGAACUUCUCUGCGCCGUCUCCUGCAGAACCUUUGUUGGUCACUACAUCAGUGACGAGGCCAUCAAGAAGAUUGCCGACGACUACUACAUGAUCACCGCUGCUCUUGAGCUUGUCAACUUCCCUAUCAUUCUCCCCUUCACAAAGACUUGGUACGGAAAGAAGGCUGCUGACAUGGUCCUUGACGAGUUCGCCAAGUGUGCCGCAAAGGCAAAGGUUCGCAUGAGUGUUGGUGGUGAGAUCCACAGCAUUCUCGAUGCCUGGGUUAAGCAGAUGAUCGAUUCCGAAGCCUACCGCGCAAAGUUGGCCAGUGGUGAAAAGGUGGACGACUCCGAGAAGCCUCCAUUCCUUAUUCGCACUUUCACCGACUUUGAGAUUGCCCAGACUCUGUUUACUUUCCUCUUCGCUUCUCAGGAUGCCACCAGCAGUGCCGCCACUUGGCUCUUCCAGAUUGUUGCCGACCGUCCCGAUGUUAUGGAGAAGCUGCGCGAGGAGAACAUGCGUGUUCGCCAUGGCGACAAGAAUGCUCGUCUGACUAUGGAUAUGCUCGAGUCAAUGCCUUACACCAGAGCAGUCGUCAAGGAGCAGCUCCGUUACCGCCCUCCCGUCCUCAUGGUCCCCUACCUCGUCAAGAAGGACUUCCCCGUCACCGAGACAUACACGGCGAAGAAGGGAUCUAUGAUCAUCCCCACAACAUAUCCCGCCCUUCACGACCCUGUAGCAUACCCUGAGCCCGAGACUUUCGACCCAGAGAGAUGGAUCAGCGGUGACGCCGAGAAGCACCCCAAGAACUGGCUUGUAUUCGGCACAGGACCCCAUUACUGUCUCGGACAGACCUAUGCUACGCUCAAUCUGAUGGCCAUGAUUGGCAAAGCUUGUGUUGAGAUGGACUGGAAGCACGAAAUUACGCCCUUGUCAGAGGAGAUUAAGAUUUUCGCCACGAUUUUCCCUCAGGAUGACUGUCUUCUUACGUUCAGCAAGAGAAAUUAGAGAGGAGAUUACAAUUCUGUGCUUGUUGAAGAGAAAAUUACAUGCAAAGACAGCAAAUGUGAUUAGAAGUGCAGGAAUAUUCCCCC